AUGGCUAUUUGCCUGAAUAAAAAUUUGGAAAACAAAGCGACUCUAUGUUUUGAUGUUGGAUUAGGAGGAACCGAAAUUUUGAAACCUCUGAACAAGAUAUUUAAAACCGCACCUUUUUCCGGUUUCUCUCGGCAUUUAUUUGUGCUGACUGAUGGUGAAGUCGACAAUACAGAACAAGUCAUCGAUCUAGUUAGGAAAAAUACGUCGAAUUUCAGAGUAUUCUCAUUCGGCAUCGGCGAUAGUUGCAGUCGCUCACUGGUCAACAGAAUCGCACUCGCCGGCAACGGGAAAUCGGAAUUUUGCAAACACGGAGAAAUCCUGGAGGACAAAAUUGGUCGCCAUCUGGAACGAGCGUUGCAGCCUGCCGUUGUGAAAGGGAGUGUUUUGUGGGAAGGAGUGAAGAACAUGCAACAAGUGCCUUAUUUUCUGCCGCCCGUCUUCCGUGGUGACCGGCAAAUCGCUUACGCGUUCUUCGAAAUUGAAAAAACUGAUCAGAGUCAAAAAGUUGUAUUACAACUAAAUGACAAGGUGAAGAACGAGAUAGCUUUUGCAUAUCCCUUCGAUCAUAAAGAUAAAAUCAUUGGCAUUUGCUUGCGAUACGGCGUGAUGUCCAAGUAUGUUUCGCUUUUAGCGAUUGAACAGCGAGAAGGCUGGGAGGGUAAGGAGAUGCAAUUGCGCGAAAUUCCUGUCCAGUUGGGCGCGACCUUUUGCGACAACCGUACGUCUGUGAUGCGAAUGCCAUCAAGGCUGUACAGCGAUGUGGAGUCGUGCGACGAAGAGCUAAGCAACGAUGCUACGACUGAAAACCUGUAUUCUAAGAACCAUAAGACGCAAGUGGGCAGCAAAAGCAGAAAAAUGGCGUACAUUGAGGCCAUCGGUGAGGCGUCGAGCGACGAUGAGUUAAGCAAUGCUGUCGGAAACAGGUAUACUGUGGUGCACUCCUAUGAGGCGGAAGUGGGCGGAAAGAAAUGUGAAACGCCAUUGGAUGACGACGACGGAGACCUAGCUGUAGACGAGAAGCCGCAAAGCAUCGACGCUGCUCCCAAGCCGGUUUUGAAUCAAGUGUUAAAUCUGCAGCGGUGGAACGGUAGCUGGGAGUUUUCAGGAAACUUGGAAAGCAUUCUGGGCGUUACCAAGAACGAUGCGGAUAAGCAAGCCGGUGGGAAUCUGGAUGCCGCGGUGUAG